AUGAAUUCGGCGGAGCAGACGGUUACGUGGCUGAUCGCCCUGGGCGUGCUGGAGUCGCCCAAGAAGAGCAUCUCGGACCCGGAGGGCUUCCUGCAGGCGUCGCUGAGGGAUGGAGUGGUCCUCUGCAGGCUCCUCGACCGCCUGCUCCCGGGAACCAUCGACAAAGUCUACCCGGAGCCCCGCGGCGAGAGCGAGUGCCUCAGCAACAUCCGCCAGUUCCUCCGGGGCUGCGGAGCCUCCCUCCGCCUCGAGACUUUUGAUGCAAAUGAUUUAUAUCAGGGCCAGAACUUUAACAAAGUCCUCAGCUCCCUAGUCACGCUCAAUAAAGUAACAGCAGACAUCGGCCUGGGAAGCGACUCCGUAUGUACUCGGCCCUCGUCUCAUCGAAUCAAGUCCUUUGACUCCCUUGGAUCCCAGUCUUUGCUCAGUCGGAGUUCAAAAUUGUUCCAGGGCCAGUAUCGAAGCUUGGACAUGACGGAUAACAGCAACCAUCAACUGGUAGUGAGAGCAAAAUUUAAUUUCCAACAAACCAAUGAAGAUGAACUUUCAUUUGCAAAAGGAGAUAUUAUCCAUGUCACAAGAGUGGAAGAAGGGGGCUGGUGGGAGGGCACUCAUAAUGGCAAAACAGGCUGGUUUCCUAGCAACUACGUGCGAGAAAUCAAAUCAAAUGAGAAGCCCGUGUCCCCCAAGUCAGGAUCACUGAAGAGUCCUCCCAAAGGAUUUGAUACGUCUGCCAUUAACAAAAGCUAUUACAAUGUGGUGCUACAGAAUAUUUUAGAAACAGAAAAUGAGUAUGCUAAAGAACUACAAACUAUUCUUUCAACCUAUUUACGACCAUUACAGACCAGUGAAAAGUUAAGCGCAACAAAUACUUUAUAUUUAAUGGGAAAUCUAGAAGAGAUACGUUCUUUCCAGCAGAUGCUUUUACAGUCCUUAGAAGAAUGCACCAAGCUGCCUGAAGCUCAGCAGAGGGUCGGAGGCUGUUUUCUCAACCUGAUGCCGCAGAUGAAGAGCUUGUAUCUUGCGUACUGUGCUAACCACCCUUCCGCGGUAAACGUGCUCACGGAACACAGUGAGGAGCUGGGAGAGUUCAUGGAGGGGAAAGGAGCUAACAGCCCCGGGAUACUCGUAUUGACAUCGGGCCUCAGCAAACCUUUCAUGCGCCUGGAUAAAUACCCCACGUUACUCAAAGAACUUGAGCGACACAUGGAGGAUUAUCACCCAGAUCGACAAGACAUUCAGAAAUCCAUGACAGCCUUCAAAAACCUCUCGGGACAGUGUCAAGAAGUCCGGAAAAGGAAAGAACUUGAACUCCAAAUACUGACAGAAGCCAUUCGCUGCUGGGAGGGAGAUGAUAUCAAAACCCUGGGCAAUGUAAUAUACAUGUCCCAGGUUAUGAUUCAGUGUGCAGGAAAUGAGGAAAAGAAUGAAAGAUAUCUUCUACUCUUCCCUAAUAUUUUGCUCAUGCUGUCUGCCAGCCCGAGGAUGAGUGGCUUCAUCUAUCAGGGAAAAUUGCCGAUGACGGGGACGACAAUCACGAAGCUCGAAGACAGCGAAAGUCACAAGAACGCAUUUGAAAUAGCGGGAAGCAUGAUUGAGCGGAUAUUAGUAUCCUGCAACAACCAGCAGGAUCUGCACGAAUGGGUGGAUCAUCUCCAGAGGCAAACGAAAGUCACAUCUGUUGGAAACCCCACUAUUAAACCUCAUUCCGUGCCCUCUCACACACUUCCUUCCCACCCAAUCACCCCAUCCAGCAAACAUUCAGACAGCAAGCAAAUGCCACUGACUCCUGCCUACCACACGCUCCCACACCUCUCACACCACGGGACUCCACACACCACAAUAAAUUGGGGACCCCUGGAGCCUCCCAAAACGCCCAAACCCUGGAGCCUGAGCUGCUUGAGACCUGCACCUCCACUACGGCCUUCCGCUGCUCUCUGUUACAAAGAGGAUCUCAGUAAAAGUCCGAAGACCAUGAAAAAAUUGCUGCCAAAGCGCAAACCUGAAAGGAAACCUUCUGAUGAAGAGUUUGCAUUGAGGAAAAGUACGGCCGCCCUGGAGGAAGAUGCUCAGAUUCUCAAAGUCAUUGAAGCGUACUGCACAAGUGCCAAAACACGCCAAACCCUCAACUCAAGACGGCUGUCAGAUUCCAGGUGGCUGGGCUCACCCUUUCCCCCCCAAAAUCUCUUUUCGGUGUUCCGACUCCACGGUCCGGGCAUGGAACGAUAGUUCUAGUGCCAUGACUCUUUCCCGUGAUGCGGAUCGUGUGCUCACCCACGCAGAGGGGCUGAAGCUAGUGUGCUCCUGUGAUUGACACGAGAUGCCAAUCCCAUAGGUCUUAGAACUUGGCGAUGGAUUGCGGUCUAGGUCGAUUGUCCCAAGAUGGCAGAUUGAUCAGGGGGAUGUAGAGGAGCUGCUCGGAGCCCCUCUGGAGUAGCUGCGAAACUGGUCCUGCUACAUCGAGGUUUUAGUAUUAAAAAAAUUUUGUUUUGUUUUGGUUUUUUCCAAAUAAAUCGGGACAUUCACUGGCAGUCAUUUGAGGACCUGCCGUGGCCACUUGGAUAUAUGUGUGUGUGCCAUCAGCUCAACUUGAAAAUCAAAUUCUAUGAGAGAAGGCAGCACGCACGUGUGCGUGUGUGUGUGUGUGUGUGAGAGAAAAAUCUGAAGCAUUUUUUCCUUUAUUUACUAUCUCAUGACAAUAUUUUAUUUCUGCUGUUUAUAGCAUGAAGCCCCCCCUUUCUGAUUUAUCGCAAAAUUUGGAACAUAAUCCUUUGUGUCAUCAGAUGCUGUAGCAUGUUUACAAGUACCAUGGCUACACUUAAAAUUUCCUUUCAAACCCCACGCUGUGUUUACCCGCCAAGUGCGCUGCGCUCAUCCCCUCACCCAUGGUUGCUUGGAUAUAUGUAUGUAUGUGUGUGUGUGUUCGUGUGUGUGUAUAGCCAGCUAAAACUGAAAAUCAAAUUUUCUAAAAAAAAAAAAAAAAGACAUCUAUAGGGGUGUGUGUGUGUGUGUGUGAGAUUAAAUCUAAAGCACUUUUUUCCUUUAUUUACUAUCUCAUGAGAAUAUUUUAUUUCUGCUUUUGAAAGCAUGAGGCCUCCCCUUUCAGAUUUGUCGCGCCACGACGUUUUCCGUUUGAAUCCUAUUUCUUCAUCAUUUCUGCGUUUGGUUUAAACACCCCUUUCCUUUGUAGAAUUUGGGACAGAUCCUGUGUACCGUCAAACGUUAUAGCAUGUUUACAAGUACCAUGGCUGCACUUGAAAUUUCCUUUCAAACCCCACGUCGUGUUUUCGGUAACGAGACCUGAAGUUCUUUACGGACAUCUCGAUGCACCAAAGCUUUGAUGGUUUUACCACCAAUGACCAUUGUGGCAGUUAACCUCAUUCCGACGGUGACGUUUCUCUCUGAUGCUAAGCUCGCUGCAAAUGAAAUAAAAGUGUUGUCGAUUCUUUUUUCCUCAGUGUCUUAGACCAUUAGCUCUUGUGAACUGGUCAGAAGUAUUUACCUCACGGGCUUUUUAAACAAGGACACCUGUGGGGCAAUGGAAGUAUUGAAGUCAAAGGUUCUGUGUUUCUAUUUUUGUGGAACUCUAGUCAUGCUGAUAAUAGUACCUUCUGUUUAUGCAAGUCUGUAAUAUAUAAGUGUACAGUGAAGAAUCUCAAUUAGAAGGUAGAUUUAAGUCAUUGUCAACCCCCUUCCCCCCAUGGUUUAAGUGGUGUUUCCAUUGCAUUAGUAUUUUACCAUAAAUUCACACGAAGCUAUAUUGUGUGUUUUGCAUAAACUUGCCAAAACACAGUAAUGUGUACAUAGUGCCGUAAACCAUUGAGGACUCUCUAUAUUGUGCAUUUCAUCCGUGAAUGGGGAAAAGCCAUCUUCAGUAGGUGACUGCCGUUUGAAAAUACCAAUUGGAUGUAUAUCUGAAUGUUGCAUUGUAUUGUACAGUAUGCAUACUAUUGUCUGUGGCUGCAUAUGGCAAUGAAGUGUUUGUUUUAUAUAAAAGACAUCUGUUAUGUACAGUUGAAAUAAAUUUUGCAUUUGCUA